AAAGUAAAGAAGAAAUAAAACAAUGGAGAAAAUCAACCAGAAGCGGUUUGUGCUCGUCCAUGGGCUGUGCCACGGCGCGUGGUGUUGGUACAAGGUGAAAACGCAUCUGGAGGCUGUAGGUCACUAUGUGACCGCGAUGGAUCUAGCUGCAUCCGGUAUAAAUAUGACUAGAGUUGAAGAGACUCAUACUCUCAAGGAUUACUGCAAACCGUUGCUUGAGUUUCUCAGCUCGUUUGGCUCGGAUGACGAUAAGGUGAUUCUUGUUGCUCAUAGCAUGGGAGGAAUACCCGCUGCUCUCGCUGCUGAUAUAUUCCCUUAUAAGAUUGCUUCUGUUGUUUUCUUGACGGCUUUCAUGCCCGACACAAGAAACCCACCAGCUUAUGUAUACCAAAAGCUAAUCAGAAGCGUCCCACAAGAAGGAUGGUUGGACACCUUGUUUGGAACGUACGGGAAACCUGAAUGUCCUCUAGAGUUUACUCUUUUUGGACCAAAGUUCAUGGCCAAGAAUUUGUAUCAACUCUCUCCGGACCAAGAUCUUGAAUUGGCGAAAAUGUUGGUGAGAGUAAACCCCAUCAUUACAAAUAAUCUGGCAGGGACAAGAAGCUUCAGUGAGGAAGGGUACGGAUCCAUUACACGAGUAUAUAUCGUAUGUGGAGAGGACUUGGUAGUACCCGAGGAUUACCAGUGUUGGAUGAUCAAGAACUUUCCGCCAAAAGAAGUAAUGGAGAUCAAGUGUGCAGAUCAUAUGGCAAUGUUCUCCAAGCCUCACGAACUAUGUGCUCUUCUCUUGGAGAUUGCAUGUAAAUAUUCCUAAAUAAACUUAAGAUCGUCUCUACAGUAGUUUACAAAAUUUAGCUUCAACUACAAUUAUAAGCAAAUGAUAAUACUCGUUCAAAAUUAUUUCAUGAUUCUAUCUUAAAAGCACUAUUUUUAGUAUUUUCUCUUUAAGGUAGAUAAGAAAGCAAAAAAAGAGAAAAAAAAUUGUAACUCCUAAAUUUCUUUGAUUAUAGUGAAAUCUGCACCAUUGGAAAAUG